ACCAGCUCAUCUCAUCUCCUUCUCAGAGAUCACACGCAUCCAUCAACGAGAGACGCGUUAGAGGUGCGAGCUGCAACCGGAGCAGGACUCAUCUCCACCGGCCGGGGGUGCAGGUGCUUGAUCUUCAUAAGUUGGGAGAUGGAGGCCGCCGUGGGAUACGCGAACGCCGAGGCUGACAACCUCAUGGCGACGGAGCUGAGGCUAGGCCUGCCGGGCACAGCGGACGACGACCAGCAGCAGAUCAAGGCGUUGACGCCCAGGGGCAAGAAGCGCUCUGCCGACGCCGUGGAGGACGCCGCCGCCGAGGAGGACAACAAAGGCGACGUCGAGGCAGCACCGCCGGUGCCCAAGGCUCAGGUGGUAGGUUGGCCGCCGGUGAGGUCGUACCGGAAGAGCUGCUUCCAAGCAAGCAGCAAGGCAGCCAAAGAGGAGGCGCCCUGCAACAAAACAGCACCCGCAGCACCAAACACUACAAGCGGCUCCUUCGUGAAAGUGAGCAUGGACGGCGCCCCGUUCCUGAGGAAGGUAGACCUGAGGAUGUGCAAGGGCUACAGGGAGCUCAGGGAGGCCCUAGAGACCAUGUUCGUCUGCUCCAACAACGGCGGCGCAAACCUGUCGGAGUUCGCCGUCACCUACGAGGACAAGGACGGAGACUUGAUGCUCGUCGGAGACGUGCCCUUCGAAAUGUUCACUAGCACUUGCAAGAAGCUGAGGAUCAUGAAGAGAUCUGAAGCCACAGGCCUGGGAUCACCGAGGCAAAUGAAGAUUUGAGGGCCGGACAACAUGUCAUGAGCUUUUUUUUCCUUUUAUUAUUUUUGUUCUUCUGGUUCCCCAAGCCAAAGGAUGAGCUUGGUGCAUCAAAGUGCACACAUGGAUGUGUGUGGCUUUCUUUGUUUAAGACAAGUAGGGCUUUUAGCAGCGCAAAGGAGAUGUGAAGAUUUCAGUUAACUCUCCAUGUCUUUGUACAAACAAAACACAGUUAUAUCAAAUCGUUGGUUACAUGAAA